AUGUUUGCUCAAGCCACGGCUACUAUGCUUGUCGAAAACCUCGGCGUCUCCUAUCGCGAGAAACACGAAACAGGAAUCGCAGCUCUGACCAAUGCUGCCUGGGCCCUGGUUCUCAGGGUCUAUGCGGAGUCGCCCGAGGAAGUCUGCUUCGGACUGCUUAGCCAGUAUAACCAUGUGGUGGAGCAACUGGUCAGUCAACCGGAGACGUGCGUUCGUGAUAUACAAGUGCUUAGUCCCGAGGACAUCGUGUGUGCAUUAACUGAUCGCAGAGCGAACGAAGGAGCGUCAAGACUCCGAGGCUAUGUGUGCAUGGGACGGAAGUUAUUCACUACAUCGAUGCGGGGUGGCUGUGUGUGUGUGCCGUCUGAGAGCGAGCGACUGAGCGACCUCGCUGGCGCAGUUAACAAGUAUAGAGUGAAUUGGUCCUUCCACGUUCCGACAACUGCAGAGACACUCGAUCCGGAGCAAAUGCCAGGCUUGAAGCAUUUGGCUUUGGGUGGGGAGGCGAUCAGUCGCUGGGCAUCUCGAGUAACACUCCUCAAUUCAUAUGGACCCUCGGAGUGCAGUAUCUGGACUAGUGUCUCGCAUCUGCACCCGGGGAUCUCAUCUCCGAACAAUAUCGGCCGAGGACUCGGUUGCCGGACAUGGAUCACCGAAGCAAAUGACCACAAUCGUCUGGUGGCGAUCGGUUGCGUGGACCGCUGCUGCCUACAUCGUGAACCCAACAUUUGCGAGGAGUCUGGGCAUCCAAACCAUGCGCAUUUAUACAAGACAGGUGACUUGAUCAAGUAUGACUCAAACGCCACUAUCCUCUACGUCGGGCGCAAGGAUAGUCAAGUGAAGGCCCGUGGGCAGCGCAUUGAGCUACCGCGUGGCCUCGGUCGUGCGUCCGAGUCUCUCCAGGUCGUGGUCAAGAAGAGGCUGACAUGGCAGACGAUCACCGAUGAGAUAUCCUUUGAGCAACGCGGUCUUCCCGUAAUUGAGUACGGAGGCCGGCUCUGCUCCUUUGCGAUCGAUAUCAAGGCACGCAAGUUUGUCUUGGCCCUCCAUCAUGUUCUAUCGAGCCGUGUCAGACGGCUUCUGGAAAGAUCAACUGAGCAGUACACCAGCUUCACCUCGGGGAGGACGGGUCGGCUCAAGGGAAUCGUAGUCGAGCACGGCAAUCUGCGCAUGAGCGCACAGGCAUACGGUGCACAGUUCAAGGUCAAUCCCGGCACCAGGGUGUUCCAGUUCUCGGCCUACACAUUCGAUAUUGGUCUCGGCGACAUAUUCAUAUCACUCCAACGCGGAGCCACAAUCUGCACGCCACCUGAGUGGGAGAGGUUGAACGAGCUUUCUGGCGCCAUCACCAAAUAUCAGGCGAACUUCAUGUCGGUCACCCCAUCGGUGGCGAAGCUUCUCCGCCCAGAAGUCGUUCCAACACUGUGCACCCUUGUCCUCGGUGAGACACCCACUCAAGACAACGUCCAAACCUGGUUGGAGAAACUGGAACUCGUCAUCACUUGGGGUCCAGCCGAGACCACCAUCUAUGAAUCGGCAACGCCGCCGACAACCCGGGAAACAAGUGCACAAGGCCUCGGAAACCCAAGGGGGCAGUCAAAUGUGGCUGGCCCGCUCGUCUCGCGUGGCUAUCUCAAGGACGACGCAAAGACGGCAGCCGCGUACAUCGAGGAUCCAGCCUGGGCUAAGAGGCUGGAUCGGAAAGACAAUCAGGUGAAGCUUCACGGUCAAAGAAUGGAGCUGGACGAAGUGGAACACGCCAUGUUGGCACACAAAACAGUGCGUCAGGCCAUCGCGCGCAUUCCUCGGCACGGACCGCUCAAAGACAAGCUGGUGGCGAUGAUGAGUCCCCAUGAUGUCUUGUCGCCCAGCUCCCCCGUUGCAAACAGAAUUAUCGUGCUGAAUGAAGCCUACCAUGGUAUCAGAAUUGGACGUGAACUUGCUUGCUCCGGUGCGUCGGUUGCUCCAAGGAAACCUGCCAAGCUACAUGGUGCCAACGGUCUGGAUUGGUGUCGAGGCUGUUCCACUGAGCGGCAAUUCUAA